AUAACAGAUUAAUGCAUUUAUUGGAGACUUGCGCAAAAAACCGUAGAUUCCCAGGGGGCCUUCCUAUAUAAACCAUGUUUGACUUGCCAGUUGCAAUUAGAUUGCAACAAUCUAUCAAGAUGUUCAAACUAGCAGUUGUCCUUGUCCUCUCCGUUCUCGUACAUGAGAAUUCGGGAGCUCUUAUCACCCGUGCUGCUUGGGGGGCCCGGGCACCAAACUUCGUCUCAAGAUUCAGCGGAAUUAUUCCAUAUGUUGUGAUUCAUCAUUCAUACGAGCCAGGAAUAUGCUAUACUACCGAUGCUUGCAAAGCAGCCAUGAGGUCCAUGCAAAACUUCCACAUGAACACCAAUGGAUGGCCCGAUAUUGGUUACAGUUUUGCCGUUGGUGGUGAUGGUAACAUCUACGAAGGUCGUGGCUAUAACGUUGAAGGUGCUCAUGCUCCAGGAUACAAUUCCCGAAGUGUUGGACUUUUGAUGAUUGGUGAUUUCAGGACCGCCUUGCCACCAGCAAACAUGCUGACUGCUGCCAAGAAUUUCAUCGCUCAAGGUGUUAACGAAGGAAAGGUUUCAGGAAGCUACAAAUUGAUUGGACACAGACAAGCUGUGGCUACUGAAUGCCCUGGUGACAGGUUGUACAACGAAAUCAAGACCUGGGCUCGCUGGACCGCAAAUCCUUAAAUGGAGUACUCUUCCAAGGUUUUCAAAUUGCAGCAAUGUUGUGAAUAAAUGAAUGUGUAAUGAGCAA